AUGUCUGCUGCUCCGCACUUCUUCAGCACGCCCUUCCGUUACAUACGAUAUGCCUCUCACCAAUACCCAGCCUACUUUUGGUCGAUCGUUGUCGGAGUUGCAGGCCCUGCAUCCUUCUUUUAUGCGCCCCCGAUAAGAAGAGCGUUUGGAGAUAACAUCAACCCGAAGCCUAUCCCUCUCACAUACCCAGUUCCCAAGGGACCGCGAAACAUUCCCACGGGCUUCGACGACGAGUAA